GACCUAACCUUGACCUCUUGAUUUUCCAAGAUGGCAGCCUCCAUGGAAAAUUUAAUCCAGCUUUACUUUACUGAAAACGAGAAGGAUGCAUCAAAUAAAAUUGCCACUGAAAUAAAGAAAUCUAAAGCAAAUCUAGUACAAUUUAUAGAGAGCCUAGGUACUUACCUAACUAACACAGACAAUGUCACAAGAGGCAGAGCAACACAACUUAUUGGAGAUGUGCUUGGUCUCUUGCCAUCUGCUUAUCUUACUCAGGAAGAAGUGGAGGUAAUGGCAAACUUCCUGCUGUCAAAGUUAUCAGAUCACCACUCUGUGCAGCCUCAUGCCUUACAGUCACUAGCAGUUUUGACAACAAGAUAUCACUCAUUGCCAGAGGCUCUGGUCAUACAGAUAUGCCAGACAAUAUUCCGUGAAAUACAGAAUCAAACUCUGGCACAUGCUGAUAGAAGAGCCACCUACAAAAUAAUGCAGAACUUUCUAGGUUCUUCCAGACCAGCUAUUGAACAGAUGGGCAGUGAUUUUGUUAUUGGCUUUAUCCAGCUGAUGGAUGCGGAGAAAGAUCCAAGGAAUCUGAUUUUAUGCUUUAACAUUGCUCAUUUUAUCAUUAGUAACCUUCAGCUAGGAGUGUUCACAGAGGAGAUGUUUGAAGUCUUGGGAUGUUAUUUCCCCAUUGACUUUAUUCCUCCACCCAAUGAUUCUCACGGCAUCACUAAAAAAGAUCUUGUUGAAGCUCUACGAAAAUGUUUAACGGCUUCAGGAGAGCUUGCUCAGUAUUGCCUUCCACUUUUUCUAGAGAAGAUGACCUCGGAUGUGCAGGAAGCUAGAAAAGAUGCAUUUGUCUCUUUGGCUCAAGGUGCCCCUGUGUAUGGGUGUAAAAGACUAACAGAGUUCUUAGGCUCAUUAACAUCUUCUUUGAAAAGAGAGAUACUAAUGAACAUAUCAGGUGAUUUAGUGGAAUCUGCACGCAAUGCUCUAACAGCCAUCUUCUCUGCCAUCACACCAGAUGAAGGUGUUGUUAUUAAUAGUGAUACAACAUUUUCAUCAUCUAUUGUAGAACUUUACCAAGAUAUAGUCAAGUAUCUUGAAGGUUCAGAUUUAAAGAAAAAAUGUUUAGCAUAUUCUUUGUGCCAGUCUAUUGCAUCAUCAUCACCAGCAGCAUUUUGUGUCGUUACUCCACUGGUUUUGCCAACUUUGAUUCAAUUGUGUAGUAAUCUUUCACAGUUAACAGAACGCCUUAUGUAUUUGAGAGAACUUAAAGGAUUUUUGGAUGCCUACCUACUCUAUCAUUCAAAUAUUAAUGUGAAUCAAGUCCUGCAAGAGAAUCUCCCUGCGCUGUCAGCCAUGUAUGAGGACCUGAUAAACAAUGUUCAUGAUGUAGAAGUUCAGUUGGAAUCCAUCAAAGCACUUAGCAUUAUCACCACUCCCACUUGUUGUUCAAUAGAGAAAUGUGAAGCAUUUGGAAACAUUCUGGUGAACAAAUCUUUAACAGUUACAAAUCCAACUGUAAGGCAACACGUGUUAACAUCCCUACAGAAUGUAAUAAAAGUAACCCCUGGUUUAGGUCAGAAAAUUAUGGAAUUGUUAAUAAACAAUGUCAACGCUCAAACAGGUGAUUUGCGUAUGAUUGUUGAGACAAUGAUCCAUGUGGUUUUGGAUGUUGAUUCUUUUCUAAUUGUUAAUAACUUUUUACUGCAAAAAAUUCAACAAACUCUUACUGAAUCUAAUUGGUCCUGCAUCUUAACCUGCACUGAGAUGAUGAUCCCAUUUUUAAAUCACCUCCAUGAUCAGCCAGAUUGUUUGGAUCUUGUGGUCAAGUCUACUGCUCUCCCUUUGCUGUGCACUGCUGUCACAGCAACCCUGCAUUGGUCAGAGGAAACUAAGGAAAAAUCUGGCCAGUUUUUGUCUUAUCUACGCCAUGUGUACAGAAUCAUUGGACACUCUGUCAAGAAAAAUGAUGUAAUGUUGCUGUGGGAUUUAGUUUUGAAGUUAAUGUUGGAUGGUGACACCAACGCUAUUGGAAUCUCUGGAGAUUUCCACUCUUUGAAACCUCUAAGUGCUGGAUCAAGUUGGCAACAGACUCGUUUGACUGCUGUUUUAGAAGGACUUCUUAUUGGGGGAGACAUACAGGCUAUGGUAGACCAAAGAGAAAGGAUAUUUGAAGCUGCCUAUGUGCUGGCUGAAAACACAGUGGAUGACUUUACCCAGCUGUCUGCCUGUAGAUGUGUGGCUGUCAUCUUUAACAAAGUUCCCAUAGGUGCUGAAAUACACUGGCUGUUGGAGCCAAUGGUUGAUAAACUAAAGCUGACUUUGACUGCCUCUAGUGAUCCUGCAGCAAAAACCAGAGCCCUAAGGAUAUUAACAUGGCUGACCAAAGCUUUAGAAAGUAGAGGGCAUUCUGCCACUACAAAUCUUUCAUCCUUUUUAAUUUCAAUCUUGAAGGAUGUAGACUUGGGCUCAGAAGUAGCUAAAAACUUGGCUCUGAUUGUACAAGACAUAGAUGAUGUGUUCAGUAUCAAAUUUCAUAGCAAUAUUACCCCACUAUACAAACAGAGGUUUUUUACUCUAAACCUGAAAUCCUUGUUAGAAGGCUACAAAAGUGCCACUUUGAAAGUUAUAAAAGAAAAUCAUCUGAUGGCUGUGUCCCUGAUAACAUCCAACCUUCCUCUUCAAGUAUUGAAACCCCAUUUAGGCAAAUUGGUUCCUAUCCUGCUCUUAUCAAUUGAUCUUCAAGAAAAUGAAAGCCUUGAUCACAUCUUAUCUACUUUGGGUACUGCUAUAUUGCAUUCACCUGAUAUUAUCAUUCCAAAUGUUGAUAAUAUUAUUUCACAAUUUUUGGAUCUUGCUAAAAUGCAUUCUUCAAUGAAAGUACGGAUCACAGCAUUGAAGUGUUUGGAAAAUCUGACUUCACUACCUGUUCACAUCAUCACACCUCACCAGAACAAAGUUGUGCAAGCGUUGGCUAAUACACUAGAUGAUAAGAAGAGAUUAGUGAGGAAACAAGCUGUGGACACCAGAUCGUCAUGGAUCCUUUUAGAGAAGGCAGUGAAGUAGUCUCAUACAUCAGAGUCUAGUCAUCAAUACAUUAUUUUAAAAAGAAAAUAUUUUAGACGAUGGAUUGUCUGUUUAUUUAUACUUGUGUUCUCAUUGAUGAUGUUUUAACUUGAAUUAAAAAAUUAUAGCAUUAUACUAAACAAGUAUUUCACAUGUGGCCAGACUUCUGUUUUCUUCAGUAUCAGAAACUAUAUUAUAACAUCUUUUUGUGGCCCUGACAUCAUAGAGACAUAUAAAGUAAAUCUCUGUAAAUAUAUUCAUGCAUUUUGUGUGUGAUCUUGGAAAAACUAAUAAAAGGAAAAAAAUGUCACAAAGGCAUAAUUUUUUAUAAUUACUGUUUAUAUUCUUUCAGUUUAUAAACCUAUAUUAUAUUUUAGUAUGAUGAUAUUACAUUUAGGAGGAACCUGUUUUCAAAUAAUUUAUUUUUAAAACAUUGCUUUUCACCUACAUUUACAAUAAAUUCUUUG